AUGAGUACAUCUCAGACCGAUUCGGAUAUGUUAAUGACUUCAUCUGAUGAUGUUGCACGCAAGAAGACAUUUAAGAGCAGUUUCUUCAUCACCCUUCCUGUUUUCAUGGGUUAUGCUUGCUGCUUUGCACUUCAACAAAAACUUUCAGUUAAUUUCGGCCUUACACUUGGUGCUUCAGGUGAUAAACUUUCUAACACUUACGGUGUCGCUACUUCUUUCGUUUAUUUCUUUAACUUAAUUUUCCGUGUAUUAGGACACAACAUCGUAUUCGGAUGCCUUUCACCAAAAUGGCGUGUUACUACAUCUUUAAUCUCCAUGAUCAUUGGUAUGUGCUUUUUCAUUUUCGUAUCAAACCGUAAAAGUAACCCGGUUGGCCUUGCUUUCAUUCCAUUUGCAUUCUGCGGUGUUUGCGAAGGCUCAUACGGUCCAAAUAUGUUAAACGUCGUUAACAAUAUGGGCAAUACUCGUCUAUAUGUUGUCCUUGCCAUGCCUGUUGGCGUUUCUCUUAUUACAAUCCUUGGAUUCUUCUUAAUGGGAUUCGGAGUUCCAUAUACAGUUUUCUAUAUUGUUACAGCUGUUUGCCUUUUAAUUGCUAUUAUCCUUUAUCACCUUACAGUCUUCCCAGAAGCCUACAGAAAUUCUAGUGGCCAGCACAAUUUCAACCUCAAAGACUUUGGCAAUGAUAUCUGCAACAUUGGCGAUUGGUUCCCCAAGAUUUGGUUCUGCUCUUUAGUUUUCUUAUUGAAUAUGGUUUGUUUGGCACUAUUCAACCCAGGAUGCACCCUCUAUACAUACCAGUCUCGUGUUACAUACCGUCUCUUAGGAUUUACAAUUGAUAACAACUUCUUCAUGCUUGCUUACAAUACAUGCUCCUUCUUAGGCGAUUUCUUCUCAAGAAAGGUCAUGGAUAAGAAGAGGAUUAUCAAUCCGGUCUUCUAUUUCAUCCUUCUUUGCUUCGGAUUCGCAAUCAACAUUUCCCAGAUCCCAGAAAUCGUUCCAUUUGCUGCUUUCUGCUUCUCAUGGGCUAACGGUGGCCUCUACGUUCAGUGCACAAAGCUUAUUGGCAUGUUGUUCAAGGAAAAGUACCAUCUUACUGCUACAUCAACAUGGCUCUUCAUCGGUGACUCCGGAUCAACAAGUGGAGCUAACAUUGUCCAGUUCCUUCGUCCAGUCAUUGCAAGCAUCAAGCAAAGAAUGUACUAA